AUGCGUUCCAUGCUCUGCCUUGCGCUCGGCGCCAUUGCCACUCUCGCCAAUGCUGCCAGCAACCCCUUCAACGUCCCCAGUGGGGGUUAUUCCUUCACCGCUGGAACCCCAACGACUCUGACUUGGGAUGCCACCUCCAACGGCACCGUCAGCCUGAGACUCCAGUGGGGAACUGUCUUCACCACCAAAGAUGGGGACAGCCUUGCUGCGGGCAUUGCCAACUCGGGUAGCUUCACCUGGACUCCGUCUGCCAGUCUGGUCAGCAGAUCCGAUUACGCAAUUGAAAUCAUCAAUGAUGUAGACACUGAGGAUGUCAACUACACUCCUCGUUUCUCCAUUGCCGGUGUUACUGGCACUGUCUCCACUUCGACUGUCAAGUCCACGACUUCCAGCUCCUCGACCACUUCCUCCUCGUCGAGCAAGAGCACCACCACCACCACCACCACCACCACCACCGGUACCACCACCACCGGUACCGCCACCACUAUGUCCACCGUGACUAGCACUGGCGUUGUCUCUUCGACUGCUUCCGGUUCCAACUCCACUGCUGCCAUUGCUUCGAAGACUUCCUCCGCCUCUUCCUCGUCUGGAUCGUCCAGUGCUUCGGGCACUACCGCUGCCAGUGCCUCCAGCACCUUUUUGGCCGCCAACGCCGGCGUCGUCAACCGGGCAUCCAUGGGCAUGUUUGCGCUGCUUGUUGCCGCUAUCGCUCUGGUCUAG